GCCCUCGUGAUUCCACCAUAUUGAUCCUCCGAGCAGUUCUUCCUACCCGGAGCAGUUUCGUCCUAGGCAAUUCAAACCUUACUCCGUUCUUCCGAGUAGGGGGAGAACAGAGUUUUCUACUGCAGAAUAAGAAAAACCAGGUGUACAGCUGAAUGAGCUGGCUAUGACCCCGGAACAUGUUCAAAGGGUUCAAGAAAGCAGUGAAAGGAGGAAUUAGUACUGUUACAGAGCAAGGAACUAACCUUGCUGGAAAGGUCGUCGGUGAUUCUGUAGAUCUUAAGGAUAAAUUUGCGGACGGUGCGAAGAAAACUUUACAAGGAGGAGUUCAACUUGUAUCGGAGGGAGCAGAAAAGGCGCAGGAAUCUAAUGCUUCUGAGUACAAGGAGAGAACUAAAGAAGUAGCGCAUAAAGUUAAACAUUACGGAGCUUUCGGAGAGGAUUAUCUAGGCUACACAGAUCCCGGGAAAGACCUGCGGAAAGCGGUCAAAGCAAAAGAAAAAGCUGCAAAGAAAGCAAAGAAAGAGAAGAAAAGAAAAGGAAUCAAAGAAGAAGAUCUUUUUGAUCCGAAGAAUCUUGAAAAGUACAGAAAAGAAUUAGAAGAAAAGAGAAAGUUAGCAGAAGAAGAGAACGAGGAGAAGGAGAAUACCGAGGAGAAACCGGAGAAAGGAGAUCUUAAACUAGAUCUUAAAGAGACAUCAACUACUGGAGACUGGAGCAAUCAGGCCAGCCCAGACUUUGGAUCUGUUGAGGCCGGCAGUCCUGAGGACAAACAGGACAAGGAGGCCCCUGGGAGGACACCCAAGGAGGAUUCAGAGGGAUGGAAGAAAUUCCAAGAAUUAACUUCAGGGAUAGAUCAAGUUUUAAAAGAAAAAACAAGUAAACUUGAAGAAAUCAAAGUUGACAGCUAUUAUCAGAGGAAGAAAACUCAGGUUGAGAUCCUUGAAGACUCCAAGGUUGCCCGUCCUACUAAUCUAGUUGGGAAAAGGAAGAAGAAGUGGGUUGAUCUUGAUAAAGACGGGUUCGAGGAAGAAGAGGGAGGAGAGGAACUCUCUGAUUCCGAACCUGAAGAGGAGGAAAAACCUGUAGAGGAACCUGUUGAGGAGGCAGUAGAGGAGGAGGAACCUGCUAAGGAGGAGGAGAAGGAGGAAGACGAUAAACCUGCUGGAUAUAUUGAUAUUCCUGACGAUGAACCUGUAGAUCUUGAAGACGAAGACAAUCUAUUCAACACAGGGUUUGCUGAUGCUAUCAUCAGUGGAGAUCUUAAGCUAGCUGUUAUCCCAGACAGUCCUGAACCUAUUGACGAAGACGAUCCAUUUGACACAAAGUUUGCUCAAGAUAUAGUUGAGAAACAUCAGCAGGAGAAGAAGGUUAAAGAGAGGGUUGAGAGUAAUAAAGUCAAGUUUGGUUGUAUCGCUGCAGCUGCAGAUGUUCUUUCAGGAAAGGCUAAGAAAGUAGAUAAGAGUGCAGUUGAGCACACUGUAAAGAAGAAAAGAAGGCGAGCAAAUCGCAUCAAUCUUAUUGCUGAGGAUAUCGAUGAUGUGACCGCACUUGAUGAAAUCGAAGGUGUUGACCUAGACCGAGCUGACAAAGUUGAUAAACUAGACGUAUUCUCAGCAGAAGACGGGUUAGAAGUCCCAGUUGGAGAUCUUUUGUGUAGCACACCUUCUCCAGGUCCAGUAGCAACACAGGAGCUUCUAGAUCUUGAUCUUUCAACCCACACAGAGCAGAGGCUCUCUGAAGAUCUUAAAGAAUUUGACGUUGUUCAAGGAGAAGAGGUUGCACUUACCAGCAAUUUUGCAAUCCUUGCUGCUGAAUUUGCUGAAGCUGAAGUAGAAGAAGCUGAUCCUUUUGACGAAGCAUUUGAUCAACUUGCCAAGGAAUCGAUCAACAAGAAGACUCUUGAGGAGAUAGAAAGUGAUCUCUACAACGACGAUCUUUUUGACACUUCAAAAGCUGACGAAGUUCUUCGUCUUGCUUCUCUCACCGCUGUUGUAAACAAGCAGGAGGUUGAGGUUGAGUUUGAUACAUUCGACGAUAAAGAUCCGUUUGAUACAACUGAAUACGAACAUCUGACGAAGGAUCACGAGGAAGAUCUUGAGUUUGAACAGCUUGCUAAAAGAGAUCCUCACGAGACUAUUGGAGGAACUGGAGAUAUAGGGGUCGAUCCAUUUGAUGUAAUAGAUCAGCAGCUUAAUCAGAAUCAGAGCCCUAGUGCAGACGAGGGCUGGGCAGCUUUUGGUGAGGUUAAACCCCGCCCAUCUCGCCCGCUGCCUCCUAGACCAGCUCCACCCCGACCUGCUCCACCCUCUAGACCAUCAGCACCAAGGGUGGAGAUUGACUACGCCUCUGGAAGAAACACUCCAUCUGUUAUUGUUAAAGCUCCCAGCUCUGAAUCUAUUAAAUCCUGGAAUGUUGCUGAAGCUGAGACUUUGAUCAGAAAGUCUAAUAUUGAGGCUAUUGAAGCAUCUGAAUUGGAACACAAGGGUGAAGUUGAUCCUUUUGACACUACAGAAUACGAAGGAGUUGUAGCUGAGCUUAAAGCUAAGGAAGUUGACCCAUUUGACACAACCUUGUGCAAGCUAGAAGGACCAAGCAAAACUGAACUUCAGUUAUUAGAAAAAGAAAUUCUUGAUCCUACUGCUUCAGGAGAAUCAGGAGAUAAAUCUAACCUUGAUAUUCUUGCUGAUCUUGAAAAGGAUAUAGAGCUAGAGGAGUCUAUUGAUCCAUUUGAUACUGGGUUUGCAGCAGCUGUUCUACCAGACAAGGGUGAUCCUUUUGACACCACCCAUCUUACCAAACUUGUCAAGCAGGGAAGUAUUGACGAUCCAGACUUUGAUCCUUUUGAUACCACAGUUGCAGAUAAAGUCAUUCCAGUAAGGAAACCUAAAGUCAGUCAGAGGUCCACUGUUUCCAUUGAAGACGACGACUUUGAUCCUGAAACCACAUUUAAAGUCCAGAAGAAAAGAAGGCCACCCCCACCAAGGCCAGCUGCUGUUGAUCCUUUCUCAAUAAACUCAAACGAGUUUGAAUCAAGUUCUCCAGCAAAGAUAUUGACCCCACUUACUGAAGUCAAGGAGUCUACUGAAGAAAAUUGGGCAACUUCCCAAAACCAAGAGUUAAAGAAUCUAGAAGAGGAAUUUUUGGGAGAUAUUGGAGGACCUUUAAAAAGGAGUUUCACAGACGACGAUUUUGACCCAAGAGGACCAGAAACUCCACCAGCAGCUCCAGAACCAGACGAGUUUGAACUUGAAGAGGAAGAGGACGAUCCAUUUGACACAAGUUCAGUUUUGGUAUUAAACAUGGCGAAUCCAAACCCUUUUCUAUUUGGUGGUCCUCCUGCUGCUGAAAUGGCUAAUCCAUUCAUGGAUGCGCCUCAGGGAAUGGCUGAAGUGAAUCCAUUCAUGAUGCAACAGCAGAUGAUGGGGCAAGCAGGGUAUGCUAGUUACAACCAAUAUGGACAACAGGCUCAUGUUCCACAACCUGAGCAAGCAAAUCCUUUUGGUGAUUAUUCCAGUAUGGGAUAUGAGGCUCCAAAUGUCAAUUCAAUGUAUUAUGGGUCUCAACAGCAAAAUCCAUAUUACAAUGAUCAGUUUGCAUCAAUGCCACAUAUGACAACUGAUACUAGCACAGUGCCUUCAAACGCAAACCAGCAUUAUUCUCUUGGCAAUGCAGCUGGAGCUGCUCUAUUCGGUGUUGAACCUACAGGCUCUAGUGCUAUGUCUAUUGCAAGUUCUACUCCAGAAGCGAAUCCAUUUUUAACUAUUGCUGAAUCUCCUGCAAGUAUUGCACCUGUUGCUUCCGCAGAGGGAGCUGACACUCCAACAGCAAUAAAUCCCUUUGCAGAUAAUGUUGAAGCUCAAGUGGAGGAACCAGAAGUUGGGGUUGAACUAAAUGAAAACCAAUUGGUUGACACUGAAACUUUUCCAGAUCCACCUUCUGAAUUAUUACUUACAGAGAGACCACAAACUUUAGUCACUGAAAUGGUUGGUGGACUUGAAGUCAGCACCUCUGAUAUGCUUCAAAAGUUAGAAAUUGCAAAGACCCCAGUGGCUCCUGGUCUUGAGGAGAAGCAGAUAGAGGACUCUGAUUCAGAUGAGGAGGUAGAGAAAAAUGUGAAUCCUACUGCUGAUCUUAAUAUUGGUGAUACUCCUGAAAUUAAUAUUGAAGAAUCAAAAGAUGAGGUUAAUAUUAUUGAAGAGAAAGAGUCCACAGGGUUUAGUGGUAUUUUUGGAAAUGAAUUAAAUGAUACUGGAGAGACAAUACAGACUGCCACAAGUCAUGUUGACCUUUACUCUGAGACAGCAGAUUCUAAAGAAGAGUUUAAUGUCCAAGAAGAGGAUAAGGAAGAACCAGCUUUGGCAGAACCACAAGAAGAAACAGAAGAAGAAGUAGUAGAAGAAGUCAAACCAGUUUACCAAACUGGAGGCACAGCUGCUGGUCUAUUUGAUGACCUUCCAGUUAAUGGGUAUGCACCUGGCGUUAGCACUGGUGAUGCUCUUUUCUCUGACAUGCCCAGUGUUCCUGACAUAAAGUCCACUGGAGCAGCAAUAUUUGGUCUUAGUGAUGAAAGUGCUGCAGGUUCAACAGGUGCUGCUCUGUUUGACAUAGUAGCUCCUGAACCAAGCAAGCCUUGUCACGGGGAGAUGAGUGGCUGGGAUGAAAAUUUUGAUAAAAUGUUUGAAAAAGCAGAAAUGCAAGCUGUUGCUGCUCCUGCAGAUGCUUUUGGAGGUGGCUUUGGUCAGGGUGCUGCUGCCUUUGGAUAUGCAGCUCCCCCAACAUUUGGAGAAGACCCAGCCUUUGGAGAUAGUUUUGGAAUGCUUCCAGUUGCUGCAGAUAUGAACAAUCCAUUCCUAGCUGAACAAUCUGGAAUGCCAGGACCAGGAGAUAAAAAUGGAGACGAAGUUGAGUCUCCAUUGUUUGACUCUGAUGUUUCCAAACCUUUAGAGCCAUUCCCUCGUCUGCAUUCAGAUACUGAUGUUUGGGAAAUGUAUAUCAGACAUCCACCCAAGAAGAAGAUCACAGCACAAAGGUUCUGGAAGAAGGUUUUUGUAAGAAUUGUAAACCAAGGAGAAAAUCCAGCCAUACUUCUGUUUGAUGCCAAAGAUUCAAAGGAUCCUUUUCAAGAACUUCCAUUGCAAGCUGCCUACUCUCUGUCAGAUAUCUCACAUCAGGUCUUUGAUCAGUAUAGUAAAGUGUUCACUAUCAAAUUACAGUAUAUAUUUUACAAAGAGAGAGCUGGUAUUAGACCUGGACAAGUUUCGAAAAUGCAGAAACUAACAGAUAAAAUUGGAUUUCUAGCCAAGGCAGUGGAAGAUGCAGAUUACCAAGGGGUUAAAGAGUUUGCUAGUGAUAUGAAGAAGCUUGGUGUUCCACUGGAGCAUGCUCCACAAAUAUCAGAGCUUCUCAAGCUGGCAAGCAUCAGCUAUGAGGAUAUGAAACAGUUUUCAGUGUGUAUUGAGGAACGGCUCUUUAAGAUUGAUGUACAUAGAGACAGGGCUCUUACCUAUAAGACAGAAGAGGUUCAGAUGACAGCAGUUGAUGAGGUUUAUGUUGAGCAGAACUCAGAAGGUCAUAUCACAAAACAUCUCUGCAGGGUUAGGGUCUUCUUCCUUUCAUUUUUGUCUGGGAUGCCUGAAGUGGAUGUGGGUGUAAAUGAUAUGACUAGAAUGGGACUUGAGGUAGUUGGUCGACAUGACAUCCUUCCUGUUCCUACAGAGCAGUGGAUCAGAUAUGAAGACAUAGAAUUUCACAAUGUGGUUAACACAAAGGCAUUUGAGGCUGAAGACCACAUUAUCAAAUUUCAGCCUCCAGAUGGAUGCUAUAUAGAGGUUAUGAGGUUUAGAACCCGACCUCCAAGAUCAAGAGAACUUCCUAUGAAGGCUAGAUGUGAUUUUAUAAUAAACGGGAACAAGGUGGAGAUCCGAGCAGAUAUAAUGGUUCCGUAUCAUGCCACGAAGGCCUGGGGUCAGGUACCUUGUGAGGAUGUUGCUAUGCGUAUACCUCUACCUGAAUGCUGGAUAUAUCAGUUCAGGACAGAGAAGCAUAAUCUCUCCCUCUCACAGGUUCGCGAUGCUCUAAGCUCCGGAAGCAUAAACCUGGCUACUCGGAUGGGAUCGGUUAAAAGUGCGCAUAGAAGAGCUGGCAAAGUUAAAGGAAUUGACAGAUUUCUGGGAACACUAGAGACAGCUAGCCAGGAACUCAUGGAAACAUCAUCAGGUACAGCCAAGUAUGAACAUCAACACAAAGCUAUUGUUUGGCGGGUUCCACGUCUCCCCAAACAGGGCCAAGGUUCCUACACUAACCAUGAGUUCGUAUGUCGUCUUACAUUGACCAGUUUCGAUCAGAUGCCGGAAAAUUUUGAGAAGUUUUGCUACCUAGAGUUCACCCAGCCAGCUACAGCUGAGAGCUAUACUGUUCUCAGAUCAGUCUCUGUUUCAGAAGGAUCAGGUGAGCCCCCGGAGAAGUUUGUCAAGUAUCUGGCUCGUCAUGAAUACAAGGUUGGAAUAAAUUUCCGUGAAGGAAAGGAGCAGGACGCAUACAGGGGAGCUACAGCUGCUCCCCCUCCACCCCAACCAGAGGAAACCACGGAAGAAAUGCGCGAAUACGAAGAUUUUCCAGAAAACGACGCGGCAAAGGACUCAGAUUCAGAUUCGGACUAAACAGGACUACUACUGUGAAGAACUAUGAAAAUACUCAAAAAAAUGUUUAAAGUUUUAUUAAAAAUAAGUUAUAUAUAUAUAUAACAGAACCUCAAACAAACUUUGUAAUCUCAAUGCUCCAUCAUCCUAUUUAUUCGCGGAAACUUUCGCAGAUUUAUGAUUUGUUCAAAACUAAUCUGCUGAUUCAGUGAUCUUGCUUCACUGGAGAUUGCAAAACUUUUAAUGUAUAUUGUUUACAUGCCGUUUUAUUAGACAAAUUGUAGUUGGCAAGUCAUCUUUGUAUGUCUAUGUACUGUAUGUCUAUGUACUUUACAUGUACAUCGUUUUUUUGCUAUUAUAAAGUAAAAAUAUACUAUUCUGGGAUCAAA